GUGUACCACCCUCCAACUAAAACUAUUUCUCUCCUAUAGGCGCCCCCUAAGAAAACCCAGUUUGGUCCGCUCAAGGAUGAGGAUCGCAUUUUCACAAACCUUUAUGGGCGCCAUGAUUGGAGGUUGAAAGGGGCACUGAGCCGAGGUGACUGGUAUAAAACCAAAGAAAUUCUGCUGAAGGGCAUUGACUGGAUCCUGAAUGAGAUUAAGAUUUCUGGCCUGAGAGGCCGUGGUGGGGCUGGCUUCCCCACUGGCCUUAAAUGGAGCUUCAUGAAUAAGCCCCCAGAUGGCAGACCCAAAUAUUUAGUGGUGAAUGCAGAUGAGGGGGAGCCAGGAACCUGUAAGGACAGGGAGAUCAUGCGCCAUGACCCCCACAAGCUAAUAGAGGGCUGCCUUGUGGCAGGACGAGCUAUGGGGGCACGAGCUGCCUACAUCUACAUUCGUGGAGAGUUCUAUAAUGAGGCCUCAAACUUGCAGGUGGCGAUCAGGGAGGCCUACGAGGCAGGACUGCUGGGCAAGAACGCUUGUGGCUCUGGCUAUGACUUUGAUGUCUUUGUGGCAAGAGGGGCUGGUGCCUAUAUUUGCGGCGAGGAGACGGCACUUAUUGAAUCGCUUGAGGGCAAGCAGGGCAAGCCACGCCUCAAACCACCUUUCCCAGCUGACGUGGGGGUUUUUGGUUGCCCAACGACGGUAGCAAAUGUUGAGACAGUUGCUGUGGCCCCCACUAUCUGCCGCCGAGGGGGUACCUGGUUUGCUAACUUUGGGCGUGAGCGCAACUCUGGAACCAAGCUGUUCAAUAUCUCAGGCCAUGUCAACACACCCUGUACUGUGGAAGAGGAGAUGUCAGUACCAUUGCGUGAUUUGAUUGAGCGACAUGCAGGGGGUGUGAGAGGUGGCUGGGAUAACCUGCUUGCUGUGAUUCCUGGAGGCUCAUCCACUCCCCUCAUCCCUAAGUCUGUGUGUGAGACGGUGCCAAUGGAUUUUGAUGGACUGAUACAGGCACAGACUGGCCUUGGCACGGCAGCUGUCAUUGUCAUGGACAAAUCGACAGACAUAGUCCGAGCUAUCGCCCGCCUCAUUGAAUUCUACAAGCACGAGAGCUGUGGUCAGUGUACUCCGUGCCGGGAAGGUGUGGACUGGAUGAACAAGGUGAUGUGGCGGUUUGUGAGAGGCAAUGCACAAGUGGCAGAGAUCGAUGCACUGUGGGAGAUUAGCAAGCAGAUCGAGGGCCAUACCAUCUGUGCCCUGGGAGAUGGGGCUGCUUGGCCUGUACAGGGACUGAUUCGUCACUUCCGGCCAGAGCUGGAGGAACGGAUGAGACAGUAUCAUGAGCAGAAAGCACAGCAGGUGUCCGGAUGAACAACUGAAACACCCACCUCCCUUUCGUACUUUGGUUGGGAUCUCUUGAGAGCAGCGUGAUCUGUGUUUUGGCUUAUGCAUUUGGAACAGUAUAUUUACUUGAUCGUUCAGGUUUUUGGCUUUUGAGUGUAGGUUGUAACCUACCUCAGUUCCUCUUGCCUUCUUAAUAGACCAGAUAAACUAUUAAAUGUUUGUGACU